AUGUCGGUAUUCACAAUCGUCCACCGAGCCCUCCCACCCCUAUCCCUCUGGAAACGCCGAACAAGUCUAAAAGGCAAAUCCCCCGUUGAAAUCCUCAACGAAAAGAAUCCCAUCCUGUCAGAUUCCAUCACCCAGAACAAUGAAACUAUCUUCAUGCACCGUGACGUCCACGGUCCCGUGCAGGUAGCGGUGAACACCGAUGCACACAAACCAACCCAGUCAGCAGAAAACAUCCCGGCUCCAUCGGAUUCGACUUCCGAGAGCCGAGCAUGCUAUUCAGGCGAGGCGCGUCCGGCUCGGGCACAGCUUGAUCGCGCUGUUAGUUGGGCGAGUAUUAUCCGCAGUCGGGAUCGAUGGACGGAUGAGCAGGAGCGGGAGCUUGUGCGUGCUCAGAGACAGUUAGGGAGGUGUCAGAAGGCGUGGAGUUCUGAGCAGGAGGUUUGGUUAUCGUAUGUCCAGGCUCUUAGCGAGGAAAAAGAAGCCCAUGCUGGUUUCUUGUCUAUGCGACACAGACAGCAAGACGAGGAACAGCACCAGUUCCGUAAAGCGUGGAAGCGACGGCGAUCUUCAUCAGGUGAUGACGAGAUGCAGCAAUCUGCAAUCGAGAUUGUGAACCGAUUGGGGAAGUUGCGUCGCUUACAGCGCUCUGUCUCUUCUAGCUCGUCAGGACAUCGGUUGGGCGCGAUGGGAUCGGCAGUUGUGGCCGUGGAGGCGUGA